AUGUCCACCGAAGAUUACGAUGAGUUUGGUAACUAUAUCGGAGGAGAUUUAGAAUCAGAUGAAGAAUCCGAUGUGGAGAUCGUCCCAUCUGCACCAUCUGCUCCUGGACCUUCUGCUCCCGCUCAGAGUUAUGCUCCAUUAGAAGGAUUGGAAGAUGAAGAUGAGGAGAUGGAAGAUGAUGAGGAUAGGGGCAUGCAAAUGACCUUACAUGGUGUUGAUGGUACAGCAGGUAAUCAGGUGGUUUUACAUGAAGAUAAGAAGUAUUACGCUACGGCUGAAGAGACUUAUGGUGAAGAUGUAGAAGCGAUGGUUCAGGAAGAAGAUUUACAACCUCUUUCUGAACCUAUCGUAGCUCCUAUCAAAGUGAAGAGAUUCACCGUACAGGAGAAGGACUUGCCGGAGACUAGAUUCGAUAGAAACUUCAUGAUAGAUCUGAUGAAAUACCCAGAGAUGAUAAGGAAUGUGAUGGUAGCUGGACACAUCCAUCAUGGAAAAACCUCGUUAUUGGAUAUGUUGGUAUUUGAGACUCAUCAGAUGACUUAUGAUGUGGAUAAGCCCAUACGUUACACCGAUACACAUGUACUAUCGCGUUCCCGAGAUAUCUCCAUCAAAUCAGGACCUAUGUCAUUGGUCUUGCAAAACUCAAAGGGGAAAUCCAGCUUAGUCAACAUAAUCGAUACUCCCGGACACGUCAAUUUCGUGGAUGAAGUGGCGUCCGUCGGUAGAUUGGUUGAUGGUGUGGUACUAGUGGUGGAUGUGGUUGAAGGUGUCAUGCACAACACAGAACAAAUCAUCAGACAUGCUUUACAGGAGAAGUUGAAUUUGGUACUAGUGGUGAAUAAGAUGGAUAGGUUGAUAUUGGAAUUGAGAUUACCUCCUAGUGAGGCCUUCUUCAAGAUCAAGCAUACUAUCGAAGAAGUGAACUCUAUCAUUGCAUCGAUUGAUCCUGAUGACUCUUACCGGCUCUCACCUGAACGUGGAAACGUCGCAUUCGCGUCGACGCAAAUGGGAUGGUGUUUCACUCUUCGAACAUUCGCAUCUAUGUAUUCAGAUACGUUCGGUUCCUUCGACGUAGAUGAAUUCGCAUUGAGAUUAUGGGGAAAUAUCUACUUCGAUCAGGAAAAGAGGAAAUUCACGAGGAAACCCGCAGAUGUAGAAUCAAAGAGGUCUUUCGUGCAUUUCAUUUUGGAGCCAUUAUAUAAAUUGUACACACAGGUGUUGAGUGAAGAUUCCGAGACGUUGAAAGAGACAUUAGCAGAUCUUCGGAUAACACUUAAACCUGCUGCGUACAAGAUGGAUGUUAGACCCUUGUUGAAGGUGGUCCUAGAAGCGUUCUUCGGUCCUUCGACCGGGUUGGUGGAUAUGAUAACGGAACAUGUUCCUUCGCCUAUAGCGAACGCCGAGACCAAGGUACGGCACACCUACACCGGUCCUCUCACUUCCGAUUUGACUGAUUCGAUGGUGAAAUGUGACUCUCAAGGUCCAACAGUUGUCCACGUCGCCAAACUUUACCAUACCUCUGAUGCUGAGACAUUCAGAGCAUACGGCAGAGUCAUGAGUGGUACUGUGAAAGUAGGACAGGCAGUCAAGGUAUUGGGAGAAGGAUAUUCACUGGAAGACGAGGAGGAUAUGGUCUCGGCUAUAGUUGAGGGGGUGUUGAUCGAUGAGUCGAGGUAUACCGUUGAUGUUCCGAGCGCCGGAGCAGGUAAUUUAGUCUUACUCUCCGGAGUAGACGCAUCGAUAUCCAAAACGGCUACGAUCGUCUCCAAAGAUAUCGAAGACGAUUUAUACAUAUUCAAACCCAUCAAACAUAUCACUUCAUCCGUUGUCAAAAUUGCCGUCGAACCAAUCUCACCAUCAGAAUUACCCAAAAUGUUAGAGGGUUUGAGGAAAAUCAAUAAAUCUUACCCAUUGGUCACUACCAAAGUUGAAGAGUCAGGUGAACACAUAAUAUUGGGUACCGGAGAAUUAUACUUGGAUUGUAUAUUACAUGAUCUGAGGAAGGUGUUCUCAGAGAUAGAAAUUAAAGUUUCUGAUCCUGUAACCAAGUUCUGUGAGACGGUAGUGGAAACUUCGGCUUUGAAAUGUUAUGCUGAGACACCAAAUAAGAAAAACAAACUUACGAUGAUCUCAGAACCGUUGGAAACCGGUAUAGCGAAUGACAUCGAGUCUGGAAAGGUUACGAUGAGAAUGACAAAUAAGGAGAGAGGUAAAUUCUUUGAGAGCAAAUACCAGUGGGAUCUGCUGGCUUCGCGUAAUAUCUGGGCUUUCGGUCCUGAAGAAAACGGUCCUAAUGUUUUGAUCAACGACACUUUACCUUCUGAGGUGGAUACUAAAUUGCUGAGCAGCGUUAGGGAGAGUGUCAAACAGGGAUUCCAGUGGGGUACAAGGGAAGGACCAUUGUGUGACGAACCGAUCCGAGGCGUCAAAUUCAGGAUUCUCGAUGCUAAUCUAGCGCAAGAACCAAUCUAUCGAGGUGGUGGUCAGAUUAUUCCUACAGCUCGACGAGUGUGCUAUUCAUCAUUCUUACUCGCAACUCCCCGUCUACUUGAACCGGUCUACUAUGUAGAAGUACAAGCUCCCGCCGACUGUGUAGCAGCAGUAUACACCGUCCUGUCUCGACGAAGAGGACACGUAACCCGUGACAUACCUAAACCCGGUUCACCCCUAUACACGGUCAAAGCGCACAUGCCAGUACUAGAUGCCAAUGGGUUCGAAACUGAUCUACGUACAGCGACGAUGGGUCAAGCCUUCGUACAGAUGUCUUUCGAUCAUUGGUCGGUCGUUCCUGGAGACCCAACAGAUUCGUCCAUCCAACUCAGACCACUUGAACCUGCCACUGGACAAGCGUUAGCUAGGGACUUAGUUUUGAAGACGAGAAGGAGGAAGGGUUUGAGUGAUAGUAUCGCUGUAGCCAAGUAUUUGGAAGAUGAGACAAUCAUUGCUAUUAGCGCAUCAGGGAACGCAGAUCUACUAGGAUAG